ACUCUUCUUCUAUUUCCACCCACCUUCCUCACUGUUCCACUGACCAAACACUAACAACCCAACCUUCGCCGCCGGCAUGUUCCCCGGAGGAUUUUUCCGUCAUGGGUCGCCAACCAUUAUUCUCACUGCUCUGUUUUUCCUCUGCCUCAUUACUUUCUCUCAGUCAGAUGAGCUUCAAUCACUCAUGAAGUUCAAGUCCUCUAUCCAAAGUUCAAAUGCAAGUGUUUUCAGCUCUUGGACACAUGCAAAUUCUCCCUGCAACUUCACAGGGAUUUUCUGCAAUUCCAACGGUUUUGUUUCAGAAAUCAACCUUGCGCAGAAACAACUAGUGGGUACUCUUCCUUUUGACUCAAUUUGUGAGCUUCAAUCGCUUGAGAAGAUCUCUGUGGAGUCCAACUUCUUGAACGGAAGCAUCAGUGAGGACUUGAAGAACUGCACCAACUUGCAGUACUUGGAUUUGGGUGGGAAUUUAUUCACUGGGGGAGUGCCUGAAUUGUCAACUUUGAACAAGUUGAAGUACUUGAAUUUAAAUGCAAGUGGAAUUUCUGGGGUAUUUCCAUGGAAAUCAUUGGAAAAUCUAGCAAGUCUCACUUUCUUGAGCCUUGGUGAUAACCUAUUGGAAAGAGCUUCUUUCCCUUUGGAGGUCUUAAAGCUUGAAAAAUUGUAUUGGCUUUACCUCACAAAUUGCAGCAUCACAGGGAAUAUCCCAUUGGGUAUUGGAAAUCUCACUCAGCUUCAGAAUCUUGAGCUUUCUGACAACCAAUUGUCUGGUGAGAUUCCAGCUGAUAUUGGAAAGCUUAAGAGUCUCAAACAACUUGAGCUAUAUGACAACUAUUUGAGUGGGAAAAUCCCACUUGGAUUUGGCAACCUUACAAAUCUUGUCAAAUUUGAUGCAUCAAAUAAUCAGCUUGAAGGUGAUCUUUCUGAGCUAAGGUCCUUGGCAAACCUUGCGUCCUUGCAGGUUUUUGAAAACCAAUUCUCAGGAGCAAUUCCAGAAAAGCUUGGAGAUCUAGAAAGCCUUGUAGAACUUUCCCUUUAUGAUAACAAGCUCACUGGUCCUCUUCCUCAAAAGCUUGGCUCCUGGGUAGGUAUGCAAUUCAUUGAUGUUUCAGAUAAUUCGCUUUCUGGUCCUAUACCACCUGACAUGUGCAUGAACAACCAAAUUACCGAACUAGCACUGUUAAAUAACAGCUUCAGUGGAAGUAUACCAGAAACAUAUGCAAACUGCACAUCUUUGGUUCGUUUCCGCCUAAGUAGGAAUUCACUUUCGGGUGUUGUUCCUUCUGGCAUAUGGGGCUUGCCAAAUCUGCAACUAAUUGAUCUUUCAAUGAACCAUUUUGAAGGUCCAGUGUCAUCUGAUAUUGCCAAAGCAAAAUCUCUUGCGCAACUGUUUUUAUCUAACAAUCAGUUUUCAGGUGAGUUACCCUUGGAAAUCUCUGAAGCUUCUUCUUUGGUAUCAAUUCAGCUAAGUUCAAAUCGAAUUUCUGGUCACAUCCCAGAAACGAUUGGCAACUUGAAGAAACUAACUAGUCUUACUUUGAAUAAGAACAACCUUUCUGGUAUUAUACCAUAUUCUAUUAGUUCUUGUGUUUCUCUUAAUGAAAUAAACCUUGCUGGUAACUCUCUUUCUGGGGAAAUACCACCUAGCAUUGGGUCUCUGCCUACCCUCAAUUCAUUGAACUUGUCCUCAAAUAGGCUUUCUGGUAAAAUUCCAUCAAGUUUAUCAUCCCAGAGACUUAGCCUCCUUGAUUUAUCGAACAACCAGUUGUUUGGUUCCAUACCUGAAUCACUGGCCAUUUCAGCCUUCAAAGAUGGGUUGAUGGGAAAUCCUGGCUUGUGCAGCCAGACUUUGAAAAAUUUCCAACCAUGUUCAUUGGAGGAAUCCAGCAGCUCCAGGCGACUCAGAAACCUUAUAUUCUGCUUCAUUGCUGUUUCAAUGGUUCUGCUUGCUUCAUCAGCAUAUUUCCUCUUCAUGAAACUGAAGCAGAACAAGUUUGAGAAGCCACUGAAGACUAACUCUUGGAAUUUCAAGCAGUACCACAUGAUAAACUUGAAUGAGAAUGAAAUUAUUAAUGGGAUCAAGGCCGAGAAUUUGAUUGGAAAAGGAGGAUCUGGGAAUGUUUACAAGGUUGUGCUUAAAAGUGGGGAAGAAUUUGCUGUGAAACACAUAUGGACUUCAAAUACAAGUGACCGGGGAAGUUGCAGGAGCAGCUCAGCUAUGCUAAGAAAAAGUUCCCGGUCACCAGAGUUUGAUGCAGAGGUGGCCACUCUGAGCUCUAUAAGACAUGUGAAUGUGGUGAAGCUCUAUUGUAGCAUCACAAGCGAAGAUAGUAGUCUCCUUGUUUAUGAGUUCUUACCAAACGGGAGUUUGUGGGACAGGUUGCACAUUUGUAAGAAGACUCAGAUGGGGUGGGAGGUAAGGUAUGACAUUGCAAUGGGUGCUGCUAGAGGAUUGGAGUACCUGCACCAUGGGUGUGAUAGACCUGUUAUACACAGGGAUGUCAAAUCCAGUAAUAUAUUACUUGAUGAGGAAUGGAAGCCAAGGAUUGCUGAUUUUGGGCUUGCUAGGAUUGUGCAGGGAGGAGCAGGAAAUUGGACCCAUGUCAUUGCUGGAACACUUGGAUACAUGCCUCCUGAAUAUGCCUACACUUGCAAAGUGACAGAGAAGAGCGAUGUUUAUAGUUUUGGAGUAGUCCUAAUGGAGUUGGUAACAGGAAAGAGGCCUAUGGAACCAGAGUUUGGAGAGAACGAGGACAUUGUCCACUGGGUAUGCAGCAAUAUUAGGAGCAAGGAAAAUGCGCUUGAAUUGGUGGAUUCUACCAUUGCAAAGCAUUUCAAAGAAGAUGCCAUGAAGGUGUUGAGAAUUGCAACAUUAUGCACUGCAAAAUUUCCAUCUUCAAGACCGUCAAUGAGAAUGUUGGUUCAAAUGCUGGAAGAGGCAGAUCCUUGUACUCUAACCAAAAUAAUUGUGACCAGAGAUGGUUAAACAGGUUGCACCAGAGGAAUUAACUUUUCUCUCAACUGCAGACAUUUUGUGAGGCUGCGAAGGGGUGAAAAAUACUAGUAAAUUCAACUAAUUAGACUUUUAGUUACACAAAAUACUAGUAAACUCUAGUUGAAACUAGUGGGAUGUCCUGAAGUUAGAAUAGAAUUACCUCUCAUCCCCUGAACUUUUUUGUUAAAAAAUAAAAAUGCUCAUAGUUUGAACCAUCUGCUCUGAGAAACCAAAAGAAGAUUAGCUUGCAGCUUUGGAGCAUAUUUGUUGUAAUAAAAUUUUGGUUCCAAUCAAAUAAUAUUUUCU